UAUGCCUGCAGGGUCCUUGUGAACAAAACCAUUAUCAGCCAAGACAAGCACAUCCUCACCCAUCAGCAACCCUCAUGACGACCCACUAGAUGUGGGCACCUUUAUUGUCUCCACUGAACAGAGUUCUGGGAAGCAUUUCUUGAGUUUGACAAGGACCAAGAUGGGUUCAUCUCGUGUAAGGAUCUGGAGAAUCUCAUGAGGACAAUGGGUUAUUACAUGCCCACAGAAAUAGAACUGACUGAGCUGGGCCAGCAAAUCUGCAUGAACUUGGGUGGCUGUGUAGAUUUUGGUGACUUCGUGGCGCUGAUGGCCCCUAGGUUGCUUACAGAGACAGCUGGGAUGAUCGGCAUCAAAGAGAUAUGAGAUGCAUUCAAGGAAUUCGACACCAAUGAAGACGGAGAGAUCACCGUGAGGGUGCUGCAACAAGCCAUGCACAGUCUUCUCGAAGAGAAGCUCACCCCCUAGGAGAUCUCCGAGGUUGUCCAGGAAGCUGAUGUGAAUGGAGAUGGCACCGUCAAGUUUGAAGGUUGAGAACGGACUUCAGAGAGGUGACAUUGCUUGGCCAAGAUCUGUCUGUCCUACACCAUCUCCCCCUUACGUGGAUCCAGAAAUCUUCACUUUAGCCCCUUCAUCUUUCCAGUGCCCGGAUCCUCCCAGCAUCUCUCACUGUACUCACUUCCACUCAUCUCAGAGGAGUAGAGGAGGAAGAUUGUCCAUCUCAACAGGAGCUGUCACUUAUUUUGCAGAAGUCAAAGAUGGCAACUGUUCCUUUCCAUUCCACUAUAGAAAAAGAACCUUCUAUGACUGCAUCAAGUCGGAGACAAAACACAGCUGGUGUUCCUUAAACAAGACCUACCAAGGAUAUUGGAAGUAUUGCUCAGAAGAAGACUUUGCAAAAUGUGUGUUUCCCUUCUGGUACAAACGCCUGAUCUACUGGGAAUGCACGGAAGAUGGGGAUUCAUUUGGGAAAAAAUGGUGUUCCCUGACCCAGAAUUAUAACAAGAACAAUAUCUGGAAAUACUGUGAUUGAUGCUGAGAUCUACAGGGCAAGGGGAUGAGGAAUCUAAUUAUUCUCCUAGGAAAGAAUCUACUCUCUUUGUUGGAAGAGGGGGAGACGGCCCCUUGAUUGAAAGGUGGUUUCCCCCACCCCCUGACACAUGAGUUGAAGGUAACCUGGAUAUUAAUAACUUGGGGUUUUCAUUAUGGGCUAUGGAAUU